UACAAAAGAAACAGCUGUUUUAGUUCCAUUCAUAUAUUUUUGUUACUUCGUCAAUAAUCAGCAACAAAAGUGCGGUCCGCAAAUAUAAUAAUAAAAAUAAUCAAUAACAAAUGUUAAAUACAGCUUAAAAGUCUAUACAAAAUGAAUCGUAAUAAAAUUUCAUUUGGCAAAAUUAAACUUAACCCAAAUAAACCGACUGUGGUGACUGAGCAGCCUGCUGAAAGCGAACAUGAAGCUACAACUUCGGAGACCGGUGGCGGUGGUUUCAAGAAAAUGGGCAAGCAACAGCUCAUAAAACAAGUGGAAGAAGUGACUGAAGAUAUGGAAAAUCAGCAACUUAAAGAAGUAAUGGGUAUAAGCGGGUUUGGACGCAAAGCAGCAAAAGUUUUCGAUAUAAAUGAACAAAUAGCGAAAGCACGUGAAGUGGCACCACCUAAACCACGUACAGAAGGCGAAGAAACGCAAACUGUAGACAAUGACGACGCUGAUGAUGAGCCAGCAUUUGGUCCAUUGCCACCUGAGGCACUGAGCACAGACGGCAACAAACAAAUAAGUGGAAAACCUAAAAAGAGCGAUGCAGAUAGUGAUGACGACGACGAUGAUGAUGAGGAGGAUGAUGACGAUAAUCUUGAACGUAAAAUACCGAAUACACAUGAGGUGCAAAUGCAGCAUGGUUCACGCGCAGUGCUUGCGCUUGCGGGCGAUCCAGCCGGAGCACGUUUGGUUUCCGGCUCCAUCGAUUAUGAUAUGUGUUUUUGGGACUUUGCCGGCAUGGAUGCGGCAAUGCGUAGUUUUCGUACCAUACAACCGUGUGAGAAUUAUCCCAUACGCGCGCUACAUUACUCGGUUACGGGUGAUAUGAUACUGGUUGUAUCGGGUAACUCACAAGCGAAAAUACUUGAUCGUGACGGUUUCGAAAAAAUGGAAUGUGUGAAGGGUGAUCAAUAUAUAAGCGAUAUGGCGCGUACAAAGGGUCAUACAGCACAGCUCACCUCUGGCUGUUGGCAUCCGUAUACACGUGAAGAAUUUCUUACUGCUGCGUUGGAUGGCACACUACGUAUUUGGCAUGGUUUGAAAUCUAAGGAACAAAAGACAGUGAUUAAGACACGCGCACUUGGUGGCUUGCGUACCAAUGCCUCGGCGUGCACUUUCAAUCGUGAUGCCACACUAAUCGCCGCAGCUUGUGUAGAUGGUUCGGUGCAAAUGUGGGACACACGUAAAAUGUACGUUAAUACGACACAUUGCUUGCGUGGCGCACAUCAAAAGGGCUCAGAAAUAACUUCUGUACAAUUCUCGUACUUGGGUACACAACUUGCUACACGUUCCAAUGACGAAACAAUGAAAUUGUGGGAUUUACGCAAGUUCAAAGAACCGCUGCAUACAUGGACUGAUCUAUUUUCACGUUACGACACCACAGACUGUUGCUUCAGCCCAGAUGAUAAAUUGCUGGUGACAGGUGAAUCUUUGCCAAAGGGUUCCAAAGAGGCGCAAUUGCAUUUUUACAACACACAAACGUUUGAGGAAGUGAAACGUAUCGCAGUUACCGAUUCGCACAUCAUUAAGACUAUGUGGCAUCCGAAGUUGAAUCAGAUCUUUGUCGGUUGUGGCAAUGGUGUCAUCAAAUGCUAUUAUGAUGAACUACUCAGUUCACGUGGCGCAAAAUUGUGCGUCGUCAAGACACAUCGCAAGAAGAAACAUACCGAAAUGAUAGGUGUAUCACAGAUAAUAACACCACAUGCUUUACCCAUGUUCCGACAGGAGAAAUCGCGGUCAUCACGUAAGAAAAUGGAAAAAGAGCGUUUGGAUCCCAUUAAAUCACAUCGCCCAGAUUUGCCCAUUACCAGUGGACAGGGUGGUCGUGUCGCAAGUUCAGGUGGCACACUCUCAUCCUAUGUCAUCAGAAAUUUGGGUUUGAGCAAGCGCGUUGACGACGAUCAAGAUCCACGUGAAGCGAUUUUGAAAUACGCCAAGGAAGCAGAAGAGAAUCCAUACUGGAUAGCACCAGCGUACAAAAAGACACAGCCGAAGGCAAUAUUCACAGAAUCAUCGGGUGAACCCGAUGCAAAGAAGCCGAAAGAUGAGUAAUUAAGCUAGUAGAUAAAGUGAUAAGGUUUAGUUUUGUGACAUAGUAUUUAAUUGAAUAAUAAACAAAAAGUUUCCGUCGAAU